AUGACUUGUCUCCUGAAGCUCUGCAGACUCCUCUGCUGUGCCCUGACUCUGCCCUUCGCCCUGAUGAAGCUCACAGGCCUGGGCGGUGUUUACCAUCGCUUCUUUCCCUUCCUCGCCUACAACAUCACGUUCUCAUACAACGCCAGGACGCACGGCAUCAAGAGGGAGCUCUUCAGGAACGUGGCCCGCUUCGCCAGCAGCGACGGGAGCCUGCGCCUGCUGGAGAUCGGCUGCGGCAGCGGGGCGAACUUCCGGUUCUACCCCGGCGGCUGCACGGUGACCUGCACCGACCCCAACCCGCACUUCAGCAGCUUCCUGCGCAGGAGCAUGGCCGACAACACGCAUCUGACCUACGAGGAGUUCAUGGUGGUGUCAGGGGAGAACAUGGAGGAGGUGCAGGGCGAGUCUGUGGAUGUGGUGGUGUGCACGCUGGUGCUCUGCUCCGUCAGGGACGUGCAGGAGGUGCUGCAGGAGGUGCGACGCGUCCUCAGACCUGGCGGAGCCUUCUUCUUUCUGGAACAUGUUGUCUCAGAUCCGUCUUCAUGGACAUACUUCUUUCAGCAUGUGCUUGAACCUGUGUGGUACUACCUCGGGGAUGGGUGCAUGAUCACCAGAGCCACAUGGAAAGAUCUAGAAGCCGCUGGUUUCUCUGAACUUCACUUAAAACAAGUUGAGGCUCCAGGGGUGACAUCAUUGAUAAGACCACAUAUCAUGGGAUUUUCCAUUAAGUGACUGCAGGGGAGAAUGGACACGUUUUAUUAUAUUGUGUAGGGCGUCUAUUCUGUAGUAUUUUUAUUCAAUGCGCAGUAAUACUCAGUACAAGGAUAUUUAGCUUCCUAUUCAAGAGCCUGACUUUUUUUUGUCAUUAUAAAACCCUCAUGACAAAGAAGUGUAAUUCAGGGCUGACAUUUUACACUUCAAUCUCAAACCUUGUUUUUAAUAACUAUAAAAAAACAUAUAGCUAUAACUUGAAUUUAGAAAGCUAACACAUGUUGAUGUGUAUCAGCCAACAUACACGAUGAUGAAUAAUAAUAAAAUGGUCGGACUCUCCUUCCUUCUAAACCAUAAUUUAUAUUAUUACAUAUACUGUUUGUAACUACCUCAUAAGAGUCCAAACUCCAGCUGUAGGUUUCACAUUAUAUAUACAGAACAAGUAAAAUGUUAUAUGGUGGCAACAGAUGCGCUGUGUGCCUCCCUGUGUCUGUAUGAGAUCUGUUGUCACUUACAAUGAAUCAAAUUACAUUAUCCACACUACAAACUUUGAGUGAAAAUAUAUUUAUUUUCUUACAGAAUCAGCAACAUUUCAUAAACAGUUUGUUCUUCCCCAUCCCUCCCAUGAUGCACAAAAUAAAU